CGUUUUCGAUCGUUUGAACUUUCCGCUGCACCCAACACUCUCGAUAGCGUCACCAGCAACUCCGAUGGGCCAAGAAUCCCCGGAGCCCCCACCGGGCGGAGCAGCGUUACUGGGACGCAUCCAGAAUGUGGACAACAGCAUCUCCCUCUACAUCCACACCCUCACACGCCCCAUCGCCCCGAGACCCCUCCUCCGUCUCCUAGAGCUCGUGGCGGACUUCCGGUUCUUCUUCCCGGUGUCCCUCUCGCUCUUCCUCGCCGCCCCCUCCGCCUCCCCCCUCCGCUCCCACCUCCUCCUCCCCCUCCUCCUCUGCUCCCUCCUCGACCUCCUCUUCAUCGCCCUCGUCAAAUUCCUCGUCCGCCGAUCCCGCCCCUCCUACGCCAACCACUCCGAGUACAACGCCGUCGUCUCCGUCGACAACUUCUCCUUCCCCAGCGGCCACUCCUCCAGGGUCUGCUUCGUCGCCUCCAUCUUCUCCCUUUCCCGCCCUCACAUCCUCGCCGAUCUCAAUUCGCCACGUGUCGCCAUCCGAGGCCACGAGGUUCCGCCCGUUGACCUGCUCAUAACGGCCGUUUGGGCCUGGGCCCUCACCACCGUCGUUUCCCGCGUCGCUCUCGGGAGGCAUUACGUCAUCGAUGUCUGCUUCGGCGCCUGCUUUGGCGUCCUCGAAGCUCUCUUCACCUUUCGCGUUCUUCAACUCCGAGGCUUCGUUUGAGGUUCUCAUGGAGCCCACUGAACUUUUGCUACCCGAGGGGAAGGAGUCCUUUUAAUUGGGUUUCCAACAGAAAACGAAGUCAUGAAUGCUUUAGUUCAUUGACAGCAUGGAUAAGUUUGGAGACCUUUAUUUAUGACUACCAUCUUGCAAAUAUUGCUUUGUCUCAAUUCUUAUUCAAAAUUGUUAAAAUUGCUUUGGAGCUGCAUUGUCAGUAAUUUAUUCCUUGGCAUUUAACUAUGUGUCUACCUUUACUCCCCUAGACGCAUAUAACAAUAAGAGUAUACAUGUGAUAUAGCAUACAUGGUACAGCAGAGCUGUAUAUCAUUUAUUUGCAGCCUUUUGUCUUAUGUUCUAUUCGGAACUAUAAGAUGUAUGAUUUACAUCGAGUUCUUUUUGCGUUGAGCAAAUUAGCUAUUGCUGUCAGAUGUUUCUUAAUUUUGAAGAGGUACUGUUGCAAAGACAAUUUGUUGUGUAUCGUCUCUGAAGACUUGAAAUGCAUUAUCUUUUCUGACAAUUGCUGUCAGAACAUGGAGUUGUUUUGUGUCUAGUCUAUCUCCGAUUCUCACUUUGCCCAUUAGGGUGGAUUGAACAUUAGUGUUUGAAUUCUGUAGUAGUAAUAAUCAAGAAACAUUAUACUAUGAUGAUAAUUAUAAAAGUGAGUGUAUGCUCAAUGGCAUCCUGGGAUCUGUUAAGUUUGAUCAAAGAAGAGUUUGCUUCUUGAAUUAGGUUCGAUGGAGGGACCGUGCGUUUGUCUGAUUUGUCUGGUGUUGAGCGUAAACUGAAAUUUUGACCAUUAUCAAUUGAAGGAUAUAAAGUUGUUAGAUCAGUUGCUUCUUUUGCAUGUGCCUUCUUACCGCGUGCGAUGCUUUAUCUGAUAAGAUGUUUUUGAUUGACUGAUUGAUUGCUCUUUGCUUUUCUUUCAAUUUUGGAAAAGUUCAUAUAAGCUUACCAGAUUAGCGCAGACGGUGGUUGUUAUGUUGUGCUGGCAGCAUCAUUGCCAUAGUUAGGAUGUGGUUAUGCGGAACAGACCAAAAGACGAAUGAACCAAGUCGUUUUUGGUUUUAUUGACUUGACAGGUGGGGCUGAUUGCUAGUUGCUCCAAGAGAAUUAUAAGCACAUCAAUUUGAAGGAAGCAUUCGUCCUCUUUGAUAUUAGCCCGUUGAACAUUGACAAUUUUGCUCUUUUCAUGCCUGUUUCUUCGUGCAUUUGCUGGCAAAUAGUUUCAUUCACUUUUAAAGUUCUCGAUUCAUCACCAUGGAUUAAGAAAAAUCAGUAUCUUGGGUACUGCUCAAACAGUUUAUUGGUGGAAUCCACUACAGCUUGAGGGACCUACGGGGUACAUGGAGCACUGCGUGUCUGGUAUUUUGCCAAGUGAAUACUUACUGCUCAAGAUUUGGAGUGACUGGAAUUUGUAUUUUUGUGGGACACCAGCUUUUGAUAUUCUCCUUGCAUGAUUGCUUUCUUUGUAAUGAGAAACUGGCUCUCUGCAGAACUUCAACUUUUUUAACGUUUUCUUGUAACAGCACAGCGAUUGGAAUGUUAUUAAUGCUAUAUUCACAGUAAUAAAUAAAAAAAAAUACAGUAAAGUUAUUUUAGUCCAUUAUCCUUUAUUUUGUGUGGGUAUAUUUUGGUACGAGACUACUUGUAUUCUCUAUGCAAAACAACAACCUUGCUUUAGUUUGUGGACAUCAGUUUUUCUUUUAAGUAUUUAAUACAGUUAUACAUUCAAGAUUCAAAUUUGAUUUAUAAUUUAACCAUAUAUACAUACACUCACUCUGAUGUGUUUUGGUAGGAUAACAUAGACUAGGGAAAUGUGAUUUGAAUAGGCUGGUGAAUUUACAUUUAUCUAUCACUUUUUUGAAACUAAACAUUUGCUUUGAAUAUCUGAUCGUACCUGCUUUUCUUCAUUCACUUUUCAUACAUUGAUUGAUGUUUGUUUAAUUGUUUUUACUGAGGUGUUGGACCUGUGUGGGAUCCUUGUUGGUCAAACAAUGAG